AUGGGGGAUGCCCCUGUGAGUGAGUCCUUGAGAGUGCAGGAUGUUACCAAGGUUGCAGGUCUCCAGCGCCGAGCGCCAGUCGCCGUGUCUCGGAAAAUUGAAGAGAUCAGAAAUUUUCUGUUCACAGCCAGGCAGAAGGAUGCCAAAUCUGUCAAGGUCAAGAAGAACAAGGAUAACAUGAAGUUCAAGGUUCGCUGCAGCAGGUACCUUUACACUCUGGUCAUCACAGACAAAGAGAAAGCUGAGAAGUUGAAACAGUCCCUGCCCCCUGAUUUGGCAGUGAAGGAGCUGAAAUGA